AUGCUCGGCUAUGAGCCUAUGACCUUCGGAUACUUACGUGUUUGGAAGUCCAGAGGCAGCACUUGCUACCGCUCACCACAUGUAUCGUCGUACUCUCGGGCAACGGCGGCAUUUCCACAAGCUCCCCAGCACAGUGGAUUCCACGCAACGGAAUUGACUGGGACCCUCGCUGCCUGUCUCAAUGAGCUACAAGCUACACUACAAGCAGUUAGAGCACACGAGAGCACGAAUACCAAUUUUAAUGAAAAUUCAGUACCGUUAUCUGCAGCCCAGGAAGAGAGCUCGACCAGAGCGCCGUCGGAGAUAGAGGAUGCCAGUCCCAGUCGCGAGGCUGACGAGGUGGAAGAUGCCGCGACAAUAUUGGAGUUUCUAGCUUGGGGUCGACGGAAAGUUCCCGACUUUGACGACUUAGUUGGGAAUCCAAACAGUGAUCUUGCUCAGUCCCCCGGGGAUGUAUCCCUAUUAAAUAGUCCCGCGGAUCCACCUCAGUUACGCUUUACUGAUGAUGCCUCUUCACUUCCGCUUCUACAACUUUUGCUUCCCGAGCCGCCCACCUUACUUCGGAUGGUCAACUAUCAUUGCGAGUGUCUUUUGUGGUACCACUCCGCAUUCCACGGACGCAUAUUUCUGGAAGAGGUCGAUCGUUUUCUUAAACAACAUCAUGGUUGCAUUGACAACCAGCAGAUUGAUCUUCAAUGGGUUGCUCUUUUAUUUGCCGUGCUAGCAGGAACUAUGACAUGUGCACCUCGGCCGGUAUCUACUUCCUGGGGAUUCGAACAUCUCGAGCGUACGAACUUAGCACAUCGGUUCUUUAAAGCUGCACUGGUCUGCCUGAAUCUGGCGGAUUUUACUGCUCGCCAUUCUCUGUACGGGAUUGAAUGUAUCGCGACCAUGACCAUAAGCGCCCACUUACUAGGCCAUUCUAACAGCCACUCCGUCAAGCUUGCGUCUGCUGUCCGGAUUUCUCAGAGCUUGGGAAUGCAUCGACUGGGCGAAGAAAUUGAUGGCCAUCCAAAGAGUCUAGUACGAAGGGAGAUUGGUCGACGAUUAUGGACAGAGCUAUGUAUUCAAGACUGGUUCUCGAUACCAUUUUCGGAAAGCUACUUGAUUCACCGGCGAGACUUCAAUACAGGAAAGCCUCGCAAUUGCAUGGAUGAUAUUGAAAUGACUACUCUUUCAGACAAUGUGCCCACUCCGGUGACCUACCAUCGUUUCUUAUACGAAAUUGCAGCGCUCAUGCCACAGCUUCAAGACGACCUUUCUGCAUCACAUACAUUGUUUGCGAAAUAUGAACAUGUCAUCCGAUAUGACACAAAAAUGCGUACGCUGGUUAGCAAGCAUGUUCCUUCUUGCCUACGAAACACUGCUCUUGAGCCAUCGUGGCCGCGCUACGUGCCUUGGGCACGUCAUUGCCUCACUAUUAGCUCCGCUCACAAAAUAAUCAUGAUUCAUCGCAAAUUCCUAUGGUCUAGCUUUACUAAUCCGGCUUUUACAUUCACACGUAAAACUUGCAUUGCGGCAGCCAAAACUAUCACCCGAGAGCAGAAGCAGUUAGUCAAGGAAGACGGGCCCGUGCUGUGGAUUUAUCACGCAUUUAGCGUCGCAGCAAGUAUAAUAUUGUGCUUGGAUCUAUUCUUCGACCCACUUCCUGAUUGUGACCAGGAGGAGAAUCGCGAAUUAGUCAAGGACAUGAUUGGAAUUCUGUCCCAGAGCGAUGCUAGUAUGAUUGCCACGAGAGGCGUGAAAAUAUUGCGAUUGCUGCUUAAUCUUGAGCAGGAUCAUGGAAAAGGACUCUCAGGUGGCUUGAAUAUUCGUGGCCUCGUCAAAUAUAUUUGUGAGAAUGAGGCAUUGGUUAGCCGUUCAGAUGAAUGGCAACAUGAUGCACCUCCUGUGAACGGGCCGCCUUCGCCAAUGUCUACCAUGCAGAUGCCGGGGUUUAUACCUCGGGAGUCCCACACAGAGGAGCUAUAUGGCAACGUUACGCUACCAAAUUCUAGGUUUGGCAUGCCUGAUUCGCUAGAAGACAUCCUACUGCUCGUGCAGAAUGGAGGAGAAUAA